AUGGACCGUACGACGCUGUUUCUCUUUCUUUUAUUCUUGAUCGAACGCGUCAAUGGCCAAAAUGGGCCAAUAGUGCAGACCCUAAAUGGCUUGGUUCGUGGUACCUACAACACCACAAUAUGGAAGUCGAUGCCAUUUUCGUCGUUCAGGGGAAUCCCUUACGGGAAACCACCUGUUGGUGAACUCAGAUUUCAACCGCCAGUUCCUGUUGAUCCAUGGGGAGGAAUCCUGGAGGCCACUUCAACGCCCAAUCCGUGUCCACAAUUUGAGGAUAUGUCGCAAAUUCUGAUGGGUCGCGAGGAUUGCUUGUACCUCAACGUGUAUACACCUGUUACAAACUUCAUGCCACCACUGAAGCUGAUACCAGUUAUGGUCUGGAUAUAUGGCGGCAGCUUUACAACCGGUCACAGCAACGACACCUUGUAUGGACCUCGCCUUAUGAUAGAACGCGACGUCGUUAUAGUUACCUUCAAUUAUCGCGUCGGUCCUUUAGGUUUCCUAUCGCUGAACCAUUCAAAAGCUCUGGGCAACGCAGGUCUGAAGGAUCAAUAUCUGGUGCUGCAAUGGGUGAAGAAGAAUAUCGCCGCGUUUGGCGGAGAUCCUAAUCAGGUCACUAUAUUUGGGGAGAGCGCUGGAUCUGUAUCUGUUGGUUACCACGUAUUAUCAGAAAAAGCAGCUGGUCUGUUUUCGAAGGCGUUCUUAAUGAGCGGCACACCACUGUGUCAAUGGGCCCAUCAAACUGCCAAAGAUAACUUGAUCAAUGCGAAGCAGCUUGCUGCUCUGCUCGGUUACGCGGCCCCAACUACCGAAGACCUGUUGGACUUCCUUCUUCAAGUGCCUGCUUUGGAUCUCGCAAUCGCAACUGCAAAUCUGUCAGUGACGCAUCCACUUCCAUUCAGACCCGUCAUAGAGAACACCACGUUGGAUUAUAAUAACACGGCGUACAUAACAGAGUGUUCCGCGGUGAAGUAUCAUACUGGAAGGUUCAACAAAGUGCCAACGAUGAUGGGCUACAUGCACGACGAGGCGAUCUAUUUCCUCUUCUAUUUCCUCCAUUCGUCGAAUCCCAUCCACGAUGCCAUCUCAUUUUUCGAAAAUAUGGAUAAUUUGACUGGUAACGCGUUGAUCAGCGCUUUAAACAAUACGGUGCAAAUCGAGGUUGACUUGUAUUCAACGAUUGGAACGGACCUGUUCUUCAUCAGCCCGAUAGAUCUAACUCAGCAAUUGUUGGCUGCGAAUAACAGCGGCAAUCCCAUUUACUAUUAUCGACAAUCUUACCAAUCGCCUUACUUGUGGCACAGGUAUUACCUCGGAGUGCCCUUCAACGGUGCUGCCCACUUCGACGACAUUCCGUACAUAUGGGAGACAGAUAUAAUACCAGUACCUACCGAUCCUAACGAUCCUUAUUACCAGUUCCUGCAAGCAAUGGUAGGCAUGACCACCAAUUUUGCAAAGUACGGAAAUCCUACACCGGAAGGCAAUUCUCCGAUAGGCAUAACGUGGACGCCAUCAGGCGUGGAGGGAUUACAGAUAGAUCUGAACAGUACGUUCACGAUGAACAACCGUCUGGCGGAUGAUAACGCUUUGUUGUUCGAGCCGAUCCUAAGCGCAUCGUGUAUCUAA